AUGGACUACGAGGCCGCGGUGGCGCGCCUCUCUUCGCCCACCUUUUUCGCCAUCCUCCACGCGGCCCUCGGCGGCGCUGGCGAGCACGAGGCCGCGACCUCGGCGGAAGUGGUGCGGAAGCCGUUCUGGGCAGGGUUUUCGGUAGGCUUUGCCCUCACCCUUGUUGCGACGCUUGCGGUCAUGAAGGGCUUCGUGGCGUCGCUGUUCCGCCGGCCGUUGGCGAAGUGCCGGCAGUUGUGCAGCCUCGCUGCGACCGGUGAGCCGGUGAAGAUGGUGCUUGUCGUCCGGAAGGAUCUCAAGAUGAGCAACGGCAAGAUCGCCGCGCAGUGCGCGCAUGCCGCGGUGGCCAUCGUCGAGGAAAUUCUGGCCUUCAAGUCAACCACGACGAAGAGCCCGCGGUCUGGCCUAAACCCCGUGUCCGCGUUGUGGGUACAGUGGUAUGACGCGUGGAGGGCCAGCGGCUGCUCGAAGGUAGCUCUGCAGUGUCCUGAUGAGGCUGCCAUGAUGGCGCUGGCGAAGCACGCGCGGCAGGUGAACCUGCCUCACUACGUCAUCCGCGACGCCGGCCGCACGCAGGUGGCGCCGGGUAGCAAGACCGUCGUCGCCGUGGGACCGGGGCCGAAGAGUUUGGUGGACGAGGUGACUGGGCAGCUGAAGCUGCUCUGA